AGAAGUUACAAGAGGAAGUUAGAAGAUAACAAAAGCUGACAUGUACUGAACUGCGGUCCCGCUUUCUGUUUCCCAUGUGCCCAUCAUUUGCAUAAAGACCUUUCGGUCACAUGAUGCAAAGCCGAACGGAUACAACAUGAACGGUGCUGCGUUUUCUUAAGGAAAAACACUAUUUUCUGAAGAAGAAGGAUUUGUGCUAUAAAACAAAGAAAAAGUGGAAACAAAAAUGCUGAGACUGAAGCAAAAGUUCGACCUGCAUAGAGAUGUGGUGACUGACCUCCGCAGGAAAGAGGCUUCAAUCUGCAGGGUGACAGAAUACUCCGAAGCAGUGGACGCUCUUAUCCUGAACAUUGAGAGCGAUGGAGGCAUCAUUUACUCCUGGAAGGGAGCAACUGGCACCACCAGGAUUGGGAAAUAUGACUCCAAAACCAAACUAAAUAAGCUCCUGUACACGUUUGACAAGCAGGUGUUUGUCAGCAGCUGCUCCCUUAACAAGGAAGAGACGCUGUUAGCUGUCAGCUUGGCACAAAAUACCAGCGUGGAAGAGCAUCUCAAACCAAUAUCCAAGUGUCUCACUCUGCUGAUUGAGAUCCACCCCAUAAACAACACUAAAGUCCUCAAGGCGGUUGACUGCAGAGUCAAAGUGCAGUUCCUCCAUCAAGAAACUGACCGGAAAUCAGUGCUGGAGAGCCAUCUGCUGCUGUUCACUGAAGAUGGAUAUGUGGAUUUAUACCAUGUCAUGCUGAUCAAACAUGAGGGUUACAGAGUGGUGAUGGCAAAUCCCGAGCGUUUGUCUCGAACAGCAGAAAGGAUUGUGGAGGAUUUCUGUUGGGUCCAGUGGGAUGGAUGCACACAAAGACUCUACUAUCUCACGCUCAAGGACAAGUUUCUGCUGCGAUGCGUUCAGUUCUACCCAACUACUAACUGUGAAACCGUGCUGGAGCUCCUGCUAGAGUUGCCUGCUAAUCCUUUCAGCGCGGUUAGGUUUGUAAAUCUGGGUUUUGACCAUUAUCACCAUGAGAAACCGGAGCAGGAGCUUGUGAGGAUGUGCGUGUUCACAAACCAAAUAGGAAGCAUGUGUGUGUGCUACAGCCAGCCUCUGAAAGAUAAACAUGAACUGAUCUACACACUUGUUCUAGUUAACAAAGACUGCAGUAAGAAGUUCAGAGUAUCUCUGGGUGGCAACGAGCGGCCGCAGACGUCCUCGCACUUCCAUCCGCUCUUCAUCCCCAUAGGUUACUACGUUGUGGUGUAUCUGCACGGUCAUUUCCUCCACUGCAUCAACACCAGACAGCAGGAGAUGCUCUGCUACUCCCUCUUCCUCUCUGGUAGUGACGCGAGCUUGGACCUGCAGUGUCGGUGGGCUAAUGUCGUGGUGCUGCACGCUGAGGAACAGCCUUGUGGAUGUCUCUUGGACCUCACCAGUGGGACGACCCACACAGCUGAGCUCAACCCUGCCCACCUGCUGCAGAUCCUGCGAUCAGACGCACGUUCUAGACGCCCCGGCAGGAAGACUGACCUUCAGCGCCUGGCUGCCCUCCACUGCCUGCUGGUUUACAUGGGAAAUGACCCAAAGCUGCAGCUGAAGGUCAUUGAAUGGCUGUGUGACGACGGGAACGCCACUGAAUCCUUUGAUCACAUCCAGGAGUUCAUUUUAGCCUCUUUGUACAGGAUAGGAUAUGACAAGUCUCUCGGGUUGGAUAAAGUGCUGCCUUACUCUUCUGUGUUUGAGAAGAAGGAGGUCCCAGCGAGCUUGUCGGAGGUCCCUGGUGUGUUUUGUCUCCCUGAGCUGCACAUUGAGCCCGUCUUCACAGGGAAGGCCAGGGGUCUCCUGGGCUUCUGGUCAGAGCUGCAGUGGAACACGGAGAGGACGAAGUAUCUGGACGCCAUCCCCAACCCCAGAUACAGAAGCUCGCACAUCCAGGGCGACUGGGAGAAACUGAGGUCCGAGAGGAGGCCCUCCAGCCACAUGAAUCACAUUGAGGAGAACACAAAGAAAGUUCUUUCGGUGGUGAACACCUGGUGUCUCGAUAAGAAGCUGGUGCCGCUUUUUCAAGAGGAAGACCAUGAACAAAGGAUGCUCAUCGGCCUGACAGUUGACAAGCUUCGGGAGCAUCUCAACAGACACCUGCCUCGACUGGGGAAGAAGAAAACUGACUCGCUUGUCGUCAACUAUGUAGCCAAACUGCUGGAGCUCAUCAGACACAUGCUGGAGUCGGCCUGGCUGAAACACAAACUUGGCCCUCGUGUUCUGUGUUUGACGCAGCAGGGAAGCCCGGCCGAAUGGUCCGUGUUUCACUUCAUGUUUCGGAUCCUGGAGUCCACCCGGGGUCUCUGCCUGCCCCUCCCACCUGGCUAUCACACCCUGUUGGCGGUGUUUGCUGUCCGUUGCCUUCCUCGUAGCACCUUCCUGCAGUACAUUGAUCAGGGGAUCCUGCAGCUCACCGAAACCUUUGUGUCUCGUUUAAUGACAGAUUUGGACAACAGUGAUGCCAACGAGCGGCUCAAGUUCAGCAUACUGAAGAGACUCCCUGAGCCUAUGGAGCAGAGGAUCUUCCAUAUGUGGGAUCAUCCUGUCAGCUCAGCGUCAAUCUCCAGAGAUUAUGUCAGGGCACUGCUGGAGAAACGCAACAAAAAUAAGGAAUUUGCAUUAAGCUUCAGAGACAAACCUGGCUUCAGACCGGAGUUUCUGCCUCUUACCCACCUGGCUAAAAUCCUCUCCGACAUCGAGGCACAAGCUCUCAAUCCGUUCGAGGAGCAGGAGAAUGUGGACGCCCGGUUCGUGGAGGAGACGUCUCUGAUGCAGACGCUGGUGCUCUUGGGCUACGAGGGGAAAUGAGGAACGAGGAACGAGGACGCGAGGGACGUGAGGUGGAUGGACCGAGGGAGGAAGAGGUGGUGGAGGGAACGCCAACAGUCUGGGCCUUGAAAACACGUGAUGGAUGGAUGAGACGUCGACGGAAGGACAGGGGAGAGAGGGCAGGAAAUGACAAAUGAGGGGAAAGACUGAGAGGCAGAGCGCUCAUAAACAAGUUCUCACCGCGUGAUGACUAAUUAGGGCGGAGACGGAGGGACAGAUGGAGGGCGACGUGGGCGAAGUCCACCUGUUUUUCAGGGAAACUUGAAGGGUGUUGCCAUGUGAGAGGCGAAGCAGCAUCUUACUCUACAAACACGAAAAUCUAUACACGAUAACCAAAAAUGAUUGUACCCGGAGGAACUUGGGCUGGUGGAAACAUCACAUUUAUAUUGAAAAGAAUCAAUAGCUGCAGGCAGCUAUUCAUAUAAACUCAUUUUCUCCCUCUCGCGCCUCUCUUUCAAGCGAUUUAUGAACAUCGACGUCAAAUAUUGUUAACAGUAUUUAUAAAUCAAACAGGCUUGUUUCUGCUCCUGCGCUUCCUGUAAUGCUGCUGCUGCAGCCCAUCAACUAGAUUACAUGCCGACAAGAGCUGUGCAGACAGAGAGGCUCGGCGCGGUCCGCUCCGCAUUAAAUCUGACUUUAACGCCGAAGCAGAGUGGAUGAACGCAGUGACACCGGCGCAAUGUUCAGUCUGUGCAAGUGACUCCGCAUCACAAGACUAUGAGAAGAUUGUGAAUUUUAGAUAUCCUUAUAAAGUCCAAGGAGAUCUCAGUGCAAGUCAAGGGGGCUGUCAUGAGGGUGGGAAACAAAUCUGCAGGAGAGAUCGUAAAAACCUCAGGUAGGGACUAAACAACAGCUUCUUCAAAAGAAAGAAAGCCAUUAUGAGCCCGACACAGCAGGUCUGGAGGACCACGGACGGCCACUGGGAUGGAUGAUUGCAGCAUCCUUCGCUUGAUGGAGAGAAAUCUCUUCACAACAUCAACAGAAGUCAAGGUGACGAUCUGCUUAGAUUCAAGACUUUACUAGAAAACAUGUAAAAAAAAAAGCCUCCAAGGUAACAAAUAUAAACUUCUAUGAGAAUGAUGGGAAGAAGAAAGUACAGAGAACGUGUGCACAGGUUUUCUCCAACACCAAAGAAAAUGUUGUUUCGGCUAGUUGGUAAUAUUAAAUCCCACCUAAGUUUCAUUUACAUGAACUCCAAUGUAAUUUGAUUCAUGUGGGUAAUUUAGGAGUAAUAUGAGUCAUUAUAGGAAUAAAUCAAAUAAACUGAAUUUGUUUGUAUGUGUGUGUGGCAGUUAGAGACGGCUGGGUGUGGUUUGUGGACUAGAGAGUUGUUGAACAGCUCAUCAUGCAAAGAAGACACGGUGGAGGAAGUGUUGUGGUAUGGGUAUCUGUGGCUGCUGAUAAAACGGGCUCAGUGUAUUGAUCUAAACUCUGCUCACAUUCAGUCAAAUGCUAUAAAACCGAUACAUCGCUUCACAGAGCAGAUGAAUGACCCAAAACAUACAUACACUUUUUGAAGGCAGAGCACUUACAUACAGUAUACGUUUUUAUUUUUUUUUAAUGGCCAGCCCAGUGUCCUGAUCCUAACCUAAUAGAGCAAGAUCUUUUUAGUUCCUGGAGACUAAACUUCAGGCAGGGAAGAAACUCAGGAUUUGGACUCCAGACUUCAGGGAGUCACCGACUGUUAAGAAAUGUUUUAUACACGUAUUCAAAAUUAUGGUUAUAUUUCCAAGUAUGUGUCAAUGUUCAAAUGCUUUUGAACCCUUGGAAAUUGAUGGGCCUCGCUUGGAAAAGCUGUAAUUCGUAAAUCAUAAAUGCUGUAUAUUUGUGAAACCUCUUAAAGUUUACACUUUGAUCCUAUCUUGCUUGAAUUUAUAUCCACGAUGGUGGCGUAUGAAAUCAAAAUCAUAAAACCUCUGUCGCUGUUCAGAUAGCUCUGGUUUGAAUAAUCUUCGUGCAGUAAUCACUGCGCUCUCGCUGUAAAUUGAGAACUUGUUUGGCUGCGUUGGCGGUGCCGUUUGCUGCAGUCCUCUUUGAUGUAGCUGAUGUUGGCUCCCUGGUGCUAAAUUCCACAUUUUAUUUACAACCAUGUUGUUGUUUGAUUGUCAAUCUCUCCUCUCAGACAUAAAAAAAGGGAUUUCUUCAUUGCACCAAUAACAGAACAAGGAGAUGAAGGUCACACAAAUUGUAAAUAAAGUUUUUUUGUUUAAACUGUGUUUUUUUUCUUCUUUUACCUCCUUACUUUCGGAGGGUCCGAGGUGGGAGAAGC